AAAAACACCUUAAACCAUAAAAACGUAACACAAAAUAUUUAAAAAAAAAAAUCAAAUUUUUUUACUAAAAAUAUAUACUUUUCGGACAAAGUUAGAGCAUGUCUAAGCGCACUCGCGAUGCAGAGGAGGGCAAGAAGAAGCAGGCGGCGAAGGCGCGCUUCAAAAAACUAGUACGCGGCGUAGUUUUGAAUCGUCAAUGGCUGAGCGAUCCGGAGGAUGUGGGAAUAUCCCUGAAUGCAAAAAAAAACGUAGCGUUACUCGUGCGCCAGAAGCACCAAGUGGGCAUGCUAACUAUUUCGGAAAAGGCUUUAAUACGCUCGCCACCCUGGAGUCGAUCCACUGCGGAUCGUAAAAAACUUUGUUCCAUAAUUGCUAAUAUGACAUGCUUUGCUAAAAUGCCACCGAAAGUACGAGCUCGACUAGUGCCGGUCGUAAAAUUUCAAGCCCUUGGAGUUGAUCGUGUAAUAAUGAAAGAAGGAGAUAUUCCAAUAACUAUUUACUUUAUUUUAACUGGAGAGAUUGAAAUGAAGAAGCAAGUUUUUCAAAAAUCAACCAAAUCCUCGGAUCAUGUAGUCGAAGCGAUUUUCGGCCCAGGCGACUGCAUAGGUGAUGUCGAAAUGCUGGAGCGCUGCCCAAGAAGAAAUACGUACACAACACUUACGCAAUGUGAGCUCCUGGUGGUUUAUGACAAUGAUUACAGAAAAAUUCUCGAGCCCUUUAUGAAAAAGCAGUGGGAAGACAAAAAAACAGCUUUAGCAGCUGUCGAUUAUUUUGACUUUCUCAACAAAGAACAGAUCAUAAAUGCGUGCAAAUUUGGCACCCUAAUGCAAUACGAGCCCCUGCAGACUAUUUAUUAUGAGGACAAGGGCUCUGUCAGUUAUGUGCACUUUAUUUUGAGCGGCGAAUGCGUGAUACUGCAGUGUCUAAACUUGAUGUCCGUCACGAGAAAUGGCAAAAAAGCAUUCUAUCUUACAGACCUUCCAAGAGACGGAUCUAAGAUGUUCGAAUCAGAAGCAUCGAAAACCUCUCUUAGGUCACAUACCGGAGUUGAUUUAAAUGCACUAUUGGCAUCGUCAUCGGAAGACAAUGUUACAUCGAAAAAGGCACCUAUGCGUAGAAUGGGACUUAGAGAUAUUGAAAUUGCAUGUGGCCAUAUCGUUCCGGAAAGAAAGGAACCAUUACGUGGGGCAAGAAAAAGAACUAAAGGUAGAGAAAAACGAGUUCCACGUACAUUCCAUCAGUAUUUUGAGGGAGGGGAGGAUACAGACUACUGGGACGAUUAUGAUGAUGAUUAUGAUGAUGACGGUGAACUGGAUGAACACGAGGAGGUGGAAAAAAGUUCACAAGAGAGGAAGAGCUCAUUGAUAAAGUCGAGGUCAAAAGGCACAAUAGUUUCGAUAAAGCCUGCGGGCAGCAGUGAAGAAAUGGAAAUAUUUACGGCAACUUCGGCAGGUCAUUCAAAGGCCACAAUUUUAAGCUCGAUACUUGUAAAAGACUGCGUGAAGAAGACGCGCGAGACUCAUUUUAUAGAUGUCGGCUCUCUCACAUAUGGUGGAGUCUUUGGAUUAGGCGAAAGAAUGGAGCAUCGAGUUAUAAUGGCGCGCACAACAGUCCAAUGUCUGCUAUUGCCACGAUUUUGGCUUCUGGAAAAGGCACAAAACCCAGGUAAUAUAUGGCAACGUCGCCGAUUUUACUUUGAAUGCAAUGUACCUUCGCGCGAGGCCCUAUUUGAAAACUUCUUAAAAACACGCAAAUGGGAUAGUUUCAAAGAAGAAUUUAUAGUCGAAACUCUCGGUGCAAAGAGCAAUCGUACUGGAACCAAAAUGGAGGAUAUACCCAUUAUGUGUCGUAUUGUAGAAACCAGUGAUGACGAUCAACUAAACUCGCCGCACAUCAAAAGAAUUAAAUUUGAUUCUCCGAAAUUCCUGUAAAACUUCUAAGUUACAAACAAAAAAAAAACUCAAAUAAAUAACGUUCAAUACGUUUAA